AUGGAUCUAGAUGUAUCCCAGAGUCAACUCAAUUUGACCAUCACUUCAUAUAUGAUAGUUCAAGGUCUCGUCCCGUUACUCACGGGUAAUCUUUCCGAUCGGAAAGGCCGGAGACCAGUGCUUCUCAUGUCGCUCAUCAUCUACCUCGGGGUGAACAUCGGAUUGGCAUGCCAAAACAGCUUCGCAGCGCUUAUUAUCCUUCGCUGCUUCCAGGGUUUCGGUAGCAGUGGCGCAACCGUAGUGUCGAUGGCCACGGUGGCCGAUAUGGUUACUAGAGCUGACCGUGGAAAAUACAUGGCGUAUACCUCCCUAGGGUUCACAAUUGGGCCGGCCCUCAGACCAAUAUUGGGGGGUAUACUGACCAAAUUUCUGGGGUGGAGGAGUAUCUUCUGGUUUUUAGUUAUCUUCGCGGGAGUCAUGAUUCUUAUCAUUAUGUUUUUCUUGCGAGAGACGUGUCGCACCGUUGUUGGAAAUGGCAGUCUGCCUCCCCAGUCGUGGAAUAAACCCGUGUUCCUUGAGUUGAAGCAUCGACGACAUCCACCACCGGCCCCUACAGCUUCUGAUCUUGAGGCUCGUCUGACACCAGCAUCUAGCAAGAAAAAAGAGCAACGCCAUUGCCUCGUACUCUGGGGUAUCGUUGCCAGUCUAAGAGUCGUCCUCAGCAAGCCCGUUGGUCUGGUAAUCCUCUGCAACACAUUUUUCUACUGUGGGUUCAUGGCAGUCAUGACCAGCAUUCCCGCCCUCUUAGAGCAAAAGUUCAACCAUAACGCCCUCCAAAUUGGCCUCUGCUACAUCCCCUUCGCAGCUGGUUCUUUCGCAGCCCGCUGGACAACCGGAACCAUAGCCGACUGGAACUUCCGGCGUCACGGCCGUAAAGUCGGGGUAGAAGUCAAACACAAUCAGCAAACACGCGACCAACUGCAACAAAUUCCACUGGAAAAAGUCCGGCUGCAGAUCACGUUGCCGUUGGUGUACUUGUCCUGCGUCUUCGUGCUCGGAUACAGCUGGAUCAUGAACUAUGAUAUUUCUAUUGCGGGCCCGCUGAUUAUGCUGUUCUUUAUGGGUAAUACAGUUAUUGAUGUGAAUACUACACUCUCCACGUUGAUGAUCGAUUUGCAUGCGUAACGGCCGGCGACGGCAAUGGCUGGGAUGAACAUGUAUAAGUUUCUUUGCGGGGCUGGUGUCGUUGCUGCUGUGUUGCCAUUGACAAAGGUUGUCGGGAUUGGUUUCUUGGGGACUAUAAUUGCCAGUGUAUGGCUCCUCGCAUCCCCUGGAUUAUGGUUGAUAUAUAGUUAUGGACAUGCAUGGAGGCAAAAGUUGCAGAAAGAGCAGACUUGACUCGUCUGCUCCGGACUCAUUUGCAUGAUUUUCAGCAUGUAAUGAAAGCCGUAGAAAUAAUACCGAUUUUGUCCGCCCAACAAAAGCCGAGCCAUAGAAUUCAUGACACAGACAAGAAAAAC